AUGGUUUCUGCACAAGAGGGAGAGGGACGAAAAGUCUCAAGAGCCCUUGAAGGCAAGCUCGCUUUGAUUACAGGUGCAUCAAGAGGAAUCGGUGCAGCAAUCUCCCAGAAUCUUGCAUCUAAAGGGGCGAAUCUCAUCCUAAAUUAUACCUCUGAAUCCUCAGCCCAGAAAACCAAAGAUCUCUCCAAGUCACUGGAAGGUGAACACGGUGUUCAAUGUCUCAUAAUUCAAGCUGAUAUGGGAUCUCCUGAGGGCCCAGUCUCCAUCAUCACUAAAGCAAAAGAGCAAUAUGGUGACGCAUUCAAACUCGACAUUUUAAUAAACAACGCCGGCGUUUCUCGAAACCUGUCAAUCGCAAAUUGCACCAUCGAAGAUUUCAAUUGGCAGUACCAGAUCAAUGUUCUUGGCCCGCUUCUUCUGAUGCAGGCAUGUCUUCCAUAUCUGCCCCACGACCGCUCUGGACGGAUCGUAAAUAUCUCUUCAGUGUCAUCUUCAGAGGGGUUUCCGCUUCAGUCAGUCUAUGGUGGGACUAAAGCUGCCUUAGAGGCGAUGACUCGUACCUGGGCAAGAGAGUUGAGUGAGAGAGCGACCGUCAAUGCUGUAAAUCCAGGACCUGUGAAAACGGAUAUGUGGGGUGGAACGAGUGAGGAGUUCCAAGGUUAUCUGAGGCCAUUUAUACAAAAGACGCCAGGAAGUAAAAUUAGGAAAGAUAUCGAUGACAAGGAUUUGGUCGAUGAUGAGGAGAGAGCUGGUGGGAGACCAGCGUACGUCGGGGAAAUUGCUGGAGUGGUAGGAAUGCUCUGUACACCAGAUGCCUUAUGGACCACUGGUCAAGUGGUUUGUGCUAAUGGAGGAAUGCGGAUGGCGAUUUAG